AAGCCAAGACAACACCUUAAACCGGUUUAAAGUAUAUUCCCAGCGGGUGUGUGAGUGCAUGAGAGAACACGACCAUGCGACUGCUGCGGGCCGGGCAGAAUUUACUGGGCCCAAACGUGCGGAGCAGUGGAGAGCCAUGCGUGCGUCUUUGUUUGUUUUGCGCGUUUCCAAGCGAUGAUAAACCGAAUUCGGGUAGUGUUUGAAGAAGCAGCCCCUAGAGUUUGCUCGCACAGGUCUGGAUGUAGCUGAUUGGAGUAGCAACAGUCAGAGUGGGUGAUCAGGGAGGAAGGGAGAGACUGAAGUGGGUUUUCUGCGUGUGCAUGUGUGUGUGAUUCUCCAGCAGCCAUGUUAACCAAGAAACCCUGCGCCGUCGCCGCCACUGCUGUCUACCCGACUGGCAAAGGGGGUGAGAUUUGCCAGCUACAGUCUUCUCCCGGACUGGGCAUCGGGGGUCCCCGGGUUGGAGCAGGGACUGAAGCCACAUCACCCGUCACACUACCCCCUCUCAGGAACAGCAACUCCCUCACGGCUGGAGGCAAUAAGCACACAAUGAACGACCAUCUACACAUUGGAAAUCACCAGCAGAUCCACGUUCAACAGCUGUUCGAGGAGAACAGCAACAAACGAACAGUGUUGACUGCACAACCCAAUGGGUUGACAUCUGUGGGCAGGGCGGGUUUACCCAUGCCUGAGAAGCAGCAAGAAAGCAGCCAAUGUCGACAAGGCAGCUCGACCUCCAUCAAAUCAACUGAAAGCAAACCUAAGCCAGCACCCUUGACUCCUGAGCAGGCCAUGAAACAGUACAUGUCUAAAUUGACAGUUUUUGAACACCAAGAGAUCUUCAGCUACACUGAGAUCUAUUUUAUUGGUCCAAAUGCAAAGAAACGACAAGGUGUAGUUGGUGGUUCAAAUAAUGGAGGUUAUGAUGACGAUCAAGGCUCCUACAUUCAUGUACCCCAUGACCAUAUAGCAUAUAGGUAUGAGGUACUAAAGGUCAUUGGUAAGGGCAGCUUUGGCCAGGUAGUGAAGGCCUACGACCAUAAAAACCAACAACAGGUAGCCCUGAAAAUGGUGCGUAACGAGAAGCGAUUCCACCGCCAAGCAGCUGAGGAAAUUCGCAUCCUGGAGCACUUACGCAAGCAGGAUAAGGACGCCACUAUGAAUGUCAUCCACAUGCUGGAGAACUUUACAUUCCGCAACCAUAUCUGCAUGACAUUCGAGUUGCUCAGCAUGAACCUUUAUGAGCUUAUCAAGAAAAACAAGUUUCAGGGCUUUAGUUUGCCACUAGUGCGCAAGUUUGCACACUCCAUCUUGCAGUGUCUGGACUCUCUGCACAAGAACAGAAUUAUUCACUGCGACCUCAAGCCUGAGAAUAUCCUCCUGAAGCAGCAGGGGCGCAGUGGGAUAAAAGUAAUUGACUUUGGCUCCAGCUGCUACGAGCAUCAACGGGUCUACACUUACAUCCAGUCACGCUUCUACAGGGCCCCAGAGGUCAUUCUGGGUGCUCGUUACGGGAUGCCAAUUGAUAUGUGGAGCUUAGGUUGUAUCUUAGCGGAAUUACUUACAGGGUACCCUCUCUUACCUGGAGAAGAUGAAGGGGACCAACUAGCAUGUGUCAUAGAGCUGCUGGGUGUGCCCUCCCAGAAGCUUCAGGAUUCAUCUAAGAGAGCCAAAAAUUUCAUCAGCUCGAAGGGAUACCCCCGUUAUUGCACAGUCACAAACUUACCUGAUGGUUCGGUGGUGUUAAAUGGGGGAAGGUCACGGAGGGGCAAACUCAGAGGUCCACCAGGAAGCAGGGACUGGGUAACAGCACUUAAGGGCUGUGAUGACCCGCUGUUCUUGGACUUUCUCAAACAGUGCCUAGAGUGGGACCCAUCCCUGCGUAUGACCCCUAGUCAGGCCCUUCGCCACCCAUGGCUCAGAAGACGCUUGCCAAAACCUCCCACUGGGGAGAAGACCACCGUAAAGCGGAUCACUGAGGGUACGGUUGCUAUUACGUCAAUCUCCAAAUUACCUCCCCCUUCUGCCUCAGCCACAAAGUUAAGGACUAACCUGGCACAAAUGACUGAUGCCAAUGGGAAUAUACAACAAAGGACAGUUUUGCCAAAAUUAGUCAGCUGAUCUUUAAUGUUUCUUUUAAAUGGGGAUAUUGGAAAUUGUGCAAAGCUGAGCUUUCAGAAGUGUGGCAUUUCUAGGAAUAGUUUUAACACCAUCUAUGAACUGCUUUGUAGCACAUCUUUGUUGGAUUAUUUCUAUGAAUGCUAAAAUGGCCAAGAAAGGGGGAACAACACUUAAGUUUUUAUCUCAGGGCUGUGUAAAAGGCUGCUUGUAGGAGCAUUCAUACAAUCUGACCUAUAAUAACACAAAGUCCCACAUGGUUUAAUACAUACAUCUUGAAGCAUAAAAAGCAAAUAGUCUUGCUGCAGUGAAUUAAUGGAAGGAUACAUUGUUGUGUGUGCUUCUGAAAUUUUAAUCACCACUCUCCAAUCCUGUCAGAUAAAUAGCAUGGUAAUGGAUGAGGAUUAAAAUGCAUUUUACUAAAAGCCAUGCUAUCUAAGGCCUGUUGCUUUUUCCAGCAUCUUUUUUAAUAUCAAGCCGCAAAUUUAAUUAGAUUUUAAGAGACUAUGGUAAGAGAAACACCGGUCAUAACGGAAAAGUGGAUGUUGCAGACUGUUAUGAGGUAACAGAGGGAAACAAUGUUUACAUGAUAGACUUGGUAUGUGCCUAUAAAUCUCUUGACAUUCCUUAAGAAAUGAAACGAGGAAAAGAGAGAGUGUCUACAGUCAGUCUGAACUAAAAUAGACUGAUGGCAAGUUUAAAGGAAUUUAUGUGGUUUGCCUGAGAGGAUACUGUUCUCAGCAGUAAUUGACAGGUGCAUGGUUUUUGUAAUUAUAUAAGCUAUUCUCUGGAAGAGUUGCUUUUGAACAUGUACUGUCCUGGAAGGAAACUUUGGUGCUUUACUUUUUUUUUUUAUUUAUGAAGCGUUUUUUAUAGCUUGAAACGUAACACUCAUGGAACAAAACAGUGUUGUUUAAUUGUAAUGCGUGAACACUAGUUACCAUGCAAGAUAAGUUUGAAGGUUAGAGUCUUGAAUCUUGAAUAAUAUAUAUAUAUAUAUAUAUACAGGUGCCUCUCAAUAAAUUAGAAUGUCAUGGAAAAGUUCAUUUAUUUCAGUAAUUCAACUCAAAUUGUGAAACUCGUGUAUUAAAUUAAUUCAGUGCACACAGACUGAAGUAGUUUAAGUCUUUGGUUCUUUUAAUUGUGAUGAUUUUGGCUCACAUUUAACAAAAACCCACCAAUUCACUAUCUCAAAAAAUUAGAAUAUGGUGACAUGCCAAUCAGCUAAUCAACUCAAAACACCUGCAAAGUUUUCCUGAGCCUUCAAAAUGGUCUCUCAGUUUGGUUCACUAGGCUACACAAUCAUGGGGAAGACUGCUGAUCUGACAGUUGUCCAGAAGACAAUCAUUGACACCCUUCACAAGGAGGGUAAGCCGCAAACAUUCAUUGCCAAAGAAGCUGGCUGUUCACAGAGUGCUGUAUCCAAGCAUGUUAACAGAAAGUUGAGUGGAAGAAAAAGAUGCACAACCAACCGAGAGAACCGCAGCCUUGUGAGGAUUGUCAAGCAAAAUCGAUUCAAGAAUUUGGGUGAACUUCACAAGGAAUGGACUGAGGCUGGGGUCAAGGCAUCAAGAGCCACCACACACAGACGUGUCAAGGAAUUUGGCUACAGUUGUUGUAUUCCUCUUGUUAAGCCACUCCUGAACCACAGACAACGUCAGAGGCAUCUUACCUGGGCUAAGGAGAAGAAGAACUGGACUGUUGCCCAGUGGUCCAAAGUCCUCUUUUCAGAUGAGAGCAAGUUUUGUAUUUCAUUUGGAAACCAAGGUCCUAGAGUCUGGAGGAAGGGUGGAGAAGCUCAUAGCCCAAGUUGCUUGAAGUCCAGUGUUAAGUUUCCACAGUCUGUGAUGAUUUGGGGUGCAAUGUCAUCUGCUGGU